AUGGACUCCAGGACAACAGCAACUUCUGGCACGAAAUCCACAUCAGCGUGUUACUGUGAGUGUACGACUGCCCAUUGGAAAAUUCUGCCUGGCUUUUUUCUCUCCAUCACCAUUGCGGUCACGUGGGUGGCGUCCACAGAGCUGAUAGUGGACAUUUACAGACCAGGUUUUCUCUCGCCAUUUUUCAUCACUUAUUUCAGCUCAGCCUGGAUUAUUCUCUUCUACCCUCUCUACAUGAUAAUCGCGUCAAUAUACCUAAGAGGAACUGUCACCGGCAAAGAUUUAUUUAGAGACAGUUUACAAAUCUACCGUAAACAGACAUUUCAAGUCCUACCAUUCCUGUGGAAAACUACUCUUUUCUGCCUUAUGUGGACGCUCACAAAUUACGUGUACAUCCGGUCAAUUUUGAUUUUGUCAGCAAUGGACGUCACUGCGUUGUUCUCAACUAGCCAGAGCUUUGUUUACAUGCUGUCAUGGAUAGUAUUAUUUGAAAAAUUUGUUGCUAUACGGAUUGUUGCUAUGAUAUUCUCAAUUACCGGAAUAGUAUUAUUUGCAUACGUGGACGGAUUCGGUAGCCCUUCAAUGUGGGGCGUCGUACUGGCGGCGGUCUCCGCAUCCUCUGCCUCUGUACAUAAGGUGCUCUUUAAAAAGUUUGUUGGAGACGCGUCUUACGGUCAGACUUCGUUAUUCCUCAGCUUAAUAGGCGUAGGGUGCAUUGCCUGUUUAUGGCCAAUCCUACUGGCUCUCUACUUCACGCAGGCGGAAGCUCUCGAUUUUUCCGUUAUUCCAUGGGGCUACUUAUCCGGUGCAAGCGCCCUUAUGUUUGUGUACCAGUCCAUGGUGUAUUAUGGCGUCACGGUUACGUAUCAAAUGUUCAUUGGCCUCGGUUUGGUGUUUGGACUUCCCCUAUGUGCAGCGGCAGACCUGCAUUGGAGGGACGACACAUUCCCGGGGAUGAAGACAGCAGCCAUUGUUCUCAUUGCCAUAGGACUGUUGUUGAUUCUCCUCCCUGAAGACUGGCACGACAGUUUCUUGAAACUUAUUCGGUGGAAGAAGAGGUCCGACAUGCCCCCUGUCGCUCAAACGCCGAGGUCACGCCUCCGAGGAACGGCGUUGUCACUCUACUGAGAUCACACACCCAUUCACACGUGAAGUAAAACAUAUCACCCCAAAUGUACAGUAUUUGUGUGCAAAAGAUCACCUGUGUGUAAAAGAUUUUCCAAAGUUAUAGCACACUUUGGAAAGAGACAAUUCACGUCACAAUGACAAUCAUUUCACUCAGGAUAGUCAAAACUAAUGGUAAAAUCUCAUGAGAAAAUGCAACAGCUGGAGAGUGGACAUGAGUAUUCAGAAAUUUGUCAGAUUAGAUUUGUCCAUGAUCAGUAAAACAUCAGACAAAAAUCUUUUUGGCAGUAAAACA